UUGCGUAAUUUGCAUGUAGCAAUAUAACUAUAAUUUUUUAGUAAGUUUAUUUCAUAUUUAUUCUAUUUAAAAAGAUAAAAGUAUAAAAAAUUAUUGCAAAUAAUUUGAAAAUUAAAGUUUCUUUGCCAUUUAUGUUCUCUAGGAUGUGUAUAUCAAGCAUGUAUUUAUUAGUUCUACGAAUCUCAUUCAUCUAUUGCAAAUGGCGCCGUAUCUGAAACUCAUUGCCCAUGCUAAUUUAUUAUAAACAUCAUUUUAAAUUAUUCAAACAUGAUUUCAUUGUAUGAGAUCGACUUUGUCUCGAUUGUGCUUCAUAUAUUUCAGCGCGUUUUUACCAAUCGCAGACACAAGUCUUUUUGAAACAUCGCGUUUACUUCUUUACAUUCACUAUUAUCACGAUGUCGACUAGUUUCGACAACAGCACCGUGCAACACGCUCGACAAAAGUUGACCAGCGAAGAUAAGAAAUUUGCAGCGAUAAAUUUGAACGAUACCAAUGAGACUAGAGAGAAUGCCGUCGCGGAGAUUAAACGUUGGAUAGAAGAAAGCGAUGACUUGCUCUCACGAAUUGAUGACUUUUUUAUUCUACGAUUUUUGAGAGUUUGCAAAUUUGAUGUCAAGAAAACUAAGGACAGGAUUCGAAACUAUUACCAGCAGCGAUCAGAGUUACCGGAAUGGUGCGCAAAUAAGGAUCUGUUUCGAUCGGAAUUGCAAGAGCUGCUUGAACUGGGGUUUUUACCCCUGCGAAAGCCAGAUUAUCAAGGAAGAAUUGUUUUACUGCUACGCGUGACUCAGCAAUUAUACGAAAUACCAAAUAUAGUUAAGCUCUGUAUACUGGCGUUAGAGACGGCAAUGAAAUAUUAUCCCGCAGGAUCUGUAUAUGGUUGCUCAUGCUAUAUGGAUGGAUCCAAUUCAACUGUAGGUCACGUUUUUCAAUUCUCUCCUUUUGUGUUAAAAAAAAUAGCCUACACAGGGCAGAAGUGCUAUCCUGUGAGAUACCAAAAAAUAGUUUUUUUUAACAUACCAAAAAUCCUCAAUAUCGUUAUGAGUGCUUUCAAAUUUUUUCUGACAGAAAAGUUAAAAAACAGAGUAUUUGUCUUCUCACAUGAGCUAUGUUUUGAAGAUAUUCCAGCUGAUGCCUUACCUGUCGAAUAUGGCGGUACAGGUGGAACACUGCAGGAGUUAACAGAAUAUUGGAAAAAAUUGAUCGAGGAGAAUCGCGACUGGAUUACGCAGGAUGAGAAUGGCCAAAGUAUCCUGACAGUUGAACCUAUAGAGAAAGAUUUUCAGCAGACACAUUUAUAACUUGUUGAUGGCUAAAGGCAAUAAAUUAAUAAAGCCUAUUUUUACGCCCCACC